AUGGACUCAUUUAAUCAUAACGAUUUUCAAAGUGAUCUUUUUGAAUCUGAACCAUCCAUUAAUGAAUUAUUAACAUCUGCUAAAAAAUUUUUAAAUUUACAACCAAGGUUAGAUAAUAGACAUUUAAGAAAUUCAAAUUCGCAAUCUCAACUUAAUCAUAUGAUGAAUAAUACAAAUUAUAAAGAUUUAAUAUCACCGCAAAUAUUGUCAAAUAAUCAUGAUAAAGUAUUAGAUUUAUUAUCACCAUUAUCUAUGGAUGAAUUGAAAAAUAGUGCAAUGACUAGUACUACCACAACUACAACAACGUCAAAUAGCUCAAAUACUAAAUCAUCUAAUUCUAAUUACACUUCACCGAAAAAAACUUGCUCAAAUUUAACCAAAUCAUUUCAAAACACAAAUAAUUCCACAAAUAAUUCCACAAAUAUUACCACAAAAUUAACCGAGUGUCAUAAUUGUGGAACUCAAAAAACUCCACUUUGGAGAAAAAAUAGUGAAGGUCAAACUUUAUGUAAUGCUUGUGGUUUAUUUCAAAAAUUACAUGGUAGAGAUCGUCCAUUAGCUUUAAAAAGUGAUGUUAUAAAGAAGAGGAAUUCGAGAAAAAUUACAAAUAAUUCAAAGAGUUUAAAUUCAAAUCAAUUUAUAAAUACUGGUAUUAAAUAUGAAAAAUCUAAACAACCUGCUCCUUCAUCAUUACCCAAUACACAACCAACCUAUAAACAAAUUUUACCAAAGAUUACACCAACAACAACCACAUCCAUACCAAUUCCAUCGAGGAGUAGUCUUUCAUCUUCUCCACAGCCUUUUUCUCCAUAUUCAUCUUCAUCAUCAUCAUAUACGAUAAAUAAUAAUCAACCAUUUAAAAGGAAAAAAUCUGAAAUUAACCUAGAAGAAUCUGGAACUCCAUUAUCUUCUAGGUCAAGACAACAAUCUACAACUUCACUUUCGAGUAUACCUCAACGUAAAAAUUCAUAUAUCAAUAGAAGAACUUCAGUGCAAAAUUCAUUUACAUCAAAUAAUAUGAGAUUCCCACAACAACUGACUUAUUUUGAAAAUCCAAUACAACCAUGUAUAUCAAGACAUAAUAGUACUCAAAAUUUUGAUACUCCAAAGUCGUAUAAUUCUACAUCAUCAUUAUAUAGAAAUGAAGAUGCUACUCCAAAUUCAAUACCUGCAACUCCAAAUGUUGCUGAUUUAUUGCCAAGAUCUAGACAAAAGAAUAGUUUAAUUGAAGAAUAUAGAGCAAGUAAACCACCAAUUAUACAAUAUCAAGGUAUUGAUGAUGAAAUGUUGCUAUCUGAAUUUAAUUUUAAAAAUAUAGAAAUGAAUGAUGAUGAUUUUUUUAAAAGUUAUACAAGUUUACAUCAAGAAUCUGAAAUGGAUGAUUUUAUAAAGAAAGAACCUGCUAUAAUCGAAGGUUUUGAAAGUAAUUUUAAUAAAGAAGAUAAAACUGAUUAUAAAGAUUUGGAUUGGUUAAAAUUUGAAAUUUAG